UCAUUCGUCUUAGUCUAAGCCGCGGGCAGCCUCACGCAACGUUUUUUUUACCUCAAUCAGCCGAGUAGCUGCGAUGAGAGUUCACAGUGUGUUCUUGGUGCCAAGGCAGUUGCCCCUGGUUUCAUGCUAUGUUUUAGUACUAAAAUUGCCCAAAAUCAGAAAUGUUUCGUCUGUGUAUUUUGCUAUGCCUUUUGGUUAAGCACCCUUAUCUUGUGUCGCAAUUCCAGCACAGGUUCACUGUCCUUUCAAAUCAGCAUACCAUCUCCCCUCCACAGGCCUCCCGGCCUCAAAAUUAUUAAAACAACAAUAUCCCACCCCAGUCGCACUCUCUUCACUAUUAGCUUCAUCAACCACACCCCACAUCACCGGUUUCCCAUACGCCAUCACAUCAGCGAUGGGUCUAUGUCAUUGCUGCGUUAAUUGCGGCGCUGCAGCUUCCCACCACUAGAUAGAUAUCGAGGUCAAUAGCGACGGUCAAUUGAACUGUCUAUAGUACGGGUCACAAUCUAUUGACGG